AUGGUUAUUUCACGUCUCGAUUUGAAUAAUUUAGUUUAUAUUCUUCAUGAAAUUGCGUUAGAUCUGGUAGAUAAAUUGUCUGCAUGGUUGUGGAGUUUACAUUUUACAAUGCUUUCACCGAAAAGUUGUGGAUUUCUGAAGAUGAAACGAGAUGG